UAAGAUCCAGCCCAUUUAGGUACUGAGAUCCAACAGGACGAGUAGCGGCGCAUUUAUCGGCUUAUUCGGAAGGCUCGGCUCCAGAAUACUUUUAGUCGCUAAAUCGGCCAAUUAAGAGUGCCCGGCUUGCCUAUUCGGCCCGAUAACUCAGUAAGCCCAACCGACUAACAAGAAGCCCAAGGGAGAUACCGCUACUAGGGCGAAUCAUGAAGGGAGCCUAUAAAGAGGGAGAAAAGAGGAAGGAAAAAGGGAUCGAUACUUUGACAUACAUAUUUGGCGGCUAGAAUUAGGGUUUCACUUUUUUUUCUAUCCGCAAUUUUGUACUGUUUUCUCGGCGAGCUCUUUGAGCACCGGUUUGUUUCCACCGUUUACUCUCCCCUUUGUAACCGAAAAACCACUACUCAUCUAAUAAAACAUCUUCGUUAAACCCACAUACGAGUUUCGUCUCUCUUUACUAAUUUCCGACCGAACUCGGUUCGAACAAGCUGAACAAUUAAUAAAAAUACCCUAUGUUUCUUUAUUUGCGCUUAGAUUUUUCCAUAACUACCCUUCAUCUUCCCUCAAAUACACUGCGUAGAGAUAGAGAGAGAUAAUUUUUGAGAUCAUCAUCAUGCCUUCCGAGUUAACUCAGGAAGAACGAUCCGAGCUCACCCAACCCAUCUCCGAGUUCCACACUCACCACCUCGGUCCAGGACGCUGCUCCUCCCUCCACGCGCAGAGAAUCCACGCGCCGCCGGAGAUCGUCUGGUCAGCCGUCCGCCAGUUCGACAAACCGCAGACCUACAAGCACUUCAUCAAAUCCUGCUCCGUCGAGGAAGGCUUCGAGAUGCGCGUCGGCUGCACGCGCGACGUGAUCGUCAUCAGCGGACUGCCGGCGAACACGUCGACGGAGAGGCUCGACGUGCUCGACGACGAGAGGCGAGUGACGGGGUUCAGCGUCAUCGGAGGCGAGCACAGGCUGAGGAACUACAAGUCGGUGACGACGGUGCACAGGUUCGAGAAGGAGGAGAACCGGGUCUGGACGGUGGUUCUCGAGUCGUACGUCGUGGAUAUGCCGGAAGGGAACUCGGAAGAGGAUACGCGUAUGUUUGCUGAUACUGUCGUUAAGCUCAAUCUGCAGAAACUCGCGACGGUCACUGAAGCUAUGGCUCGUAACGCCGGCGUUGGAAGCGGUUCUCAGGUGAACUGGAAAGAGAAAACAUAAAAGUUAUAUAUAAAUAGAAAGAAAAUGGAAAAUCGAUUUGUUUAUUUUUCUUCUAGAUUACUAUUUCGGGAAAUGUUAUUUACUUGCGCUGCUUUUAUAUAAGAUUCUACUAUUUUGACUGUUUUAACUUUUAACCUUAUAGUUUACCUUUUGUCAAUGUUGAAAAAUAGCCUUG